CAUUUAAUAAUAAAAAGUAUUUUUCACGUAUAACUAGCUCAUAUAUAAUCAUUAUUAAAAAUGAAUUUCUAUUUUUGUUUUAGAAUAUCAUUUUAUAUUAAGUGCUUUAUACCCAUACUUACAUUUUCAAAUAGAAUGUCCUGCUUCGGAAUACAUACUGAUGAAUUAAUAAGAGCUAUUCUUGAUCCAUUUAAUAAGUACGUUGAUUUCGUAUUUGAUACAAGACAAAAGCUUAACACUGCAUUAUUAGAACAUCUCAUGGAGGUAAAUAGACCCAAGAAAGUGAUUGAUUAUUCUGAUGAGUGUAACAAAGCAAAAAAAGAUUUUUUCAUUCCAUCAAAUGAGAAAUUAUAUCCAUUUUCAUUUUUUUCCAUACAACAUUUAUUGUCUCAAUUCUUUAAUAUUUCUGUUGAAAAUGGAGAAAUUUUAUUUAAAAGAAAAGAAAAAAUUGAGUUAAAUCAAGAAAACAAUAUGUCUACAUUAGUAAAAAUUGUGAUGCCAAAAAUAUCAGAUAGUGAAUUGAUAUUACGUAUUGUAAAUAAGUUUGAAGAGAUUAAGCAAUACGAAGAACAACUUAAUAACGCCUUUCUUAGAUUUCAAAUAGGACACGGCACUGUAUCAAUUGAUAUGGCAAAAGAUAUUUUGAAGGAAAAUUUAUUGUUUGCAAAUUCAUCUGAUGUCCGCGAUCACCUACUCAAAAAAUAUACAAAAAAAAAAAAUGAUCAAUUAUUUAAUUACAAAAAAUGGAUUGCAGAAUUUUGCGAUGUUUAUGAAGGAGAUAAAUCUAAUUUUUUGACAUAUGAUAAGAAUACACGAAAAUGGAAAAAAAAAUACCCAAAAAAUACAAAAUACUAUUGGAAUGUUAUUAAAAGAAAUAUAUCUAUUUUUAAUGAUAGCAAGAUAAAAAAUUGAUAAAAUAAUACCUGGACUGUCUCUUUUACAUAAUUUAUAAAAAUAUAGUAAAACUUCAUUAAAAAUAUUUUUUCCAUUCAAAUUUUUUUUUCAUAAAUGUUUAUAUAGAUUUAAAUAAAU